AUGAUCUUGCUUCCAAAGAGUGGCACUAGAACUGAGCCUGAUACUGACGGCAAUUGUGUAUUACCUCUUCUUCCUGCAAAGUUGGACGAGAAACAGGACGCCAGCUCCGUCUCCGUGGAUCGCGACAGCGGCAACGGAGACAGCCUGGACACAGGAGGCUGCGGCUGUGGGCCCCCGGUCAACAGUUCCCUGGCCGGCCCCACCACCGCCAUUCUCCUUCGCAACCGGUCUCCCAGUAGCUUGGCCUCGUCCGGCUACCAAGUCACAACAACCGGCUUGCCGGUCGACAUGUGCUCGGCCGGCUUCUCGCACGGGCUCAUCAACCAGCCGACCACGUUGGUUCACGUCUCCUCUUUCACGACUCCAUUCGUCGGCGCAACUCCCGUCGGCGCCGUCUCUUCUGCCUGCUUCUACCCGUCGGUAUCACAGGCCCACCUCAGCCCCAAGCGCCCCGCCUGCUCGGUCGGCGACUUUUCGCCGUUCGGUACCACUCCCACAUCGGGCACUGGUACCGGUGAUGUCCACGACCAGGCCGACUCGAGCUGGCCCAGCAGCAAGCCGCAGCUGGUCCUCUUCGACGUCACCCCCACCACCUCGUCUCCUCUUCACCUGCCGGGGCAGAUGAGGUCGCCGCUGGGCAGACCGAGGGAACAAACGGUACCGCCGGGACAGACUGUCUCCAACUGGCGCGACUCCAAGUGCCCGGAUCAGGAGCUUGUCAGUCAGAACGCCCCGGGCUCGCUGUCUCUGGCGUCCACUUUCACCACUUUCGCAUGA